AUGUUUCGGAAGCAAUUACUUCGCCAGGUGCGCACCAUCUCAGACUCACUAUCUGCGUCUCCGUCACGGAUACGCCACUCGCCAUUUUCUUCCGCCACCUUCAAAUUUCCCCGGACAUCCAGAAACGCCUACCUCUCAACACGGAUAGGACAGAGAUGGCAAUCCACAGACGCGCAGCCACAGAAGCCUGCCACGGAAGCGGCUCCUUCAGAAGAGGCAAAAGCGGCGGAGGAGGCAAAGGCAGACCCUCUAAAGGAAGAGCUUGAGAAGGCCAAAAAGGAGGUUAUCGACUUGAAGGACAAAUACCUCCGCUCCGUUGCAGAUUACCGCAACCUUCAAGAGCGAACCCGUCGAGACAUGGAAUCUGCCCGCCAGUUUGCCAUCCAGCGGUUCGCCUCCGACCUACUCGAUUCAAUAGAUAACCUGGAUCGGGCACUCUCAUCAGUGCCUCAAGAAGCCCUUGGGACCAACACCUCUUCCUCCGAACCUAAUGUCGCCGCCUCUGCCGAAUCCACCUCGGAGCCUAACAAGGACCUGGUCAAUCUGUUCUCGGGCCUGAAGAUGACGGAAGAAAUUCUCAUGUCCACCUUGAAAAAGCACGGUCUGGAGCGCUUCGACCCCUUGGAGGGCGGAGGGCGCAAAUUCGACCCCAACACGGACGAGGCCACUUUCUUCACAAAAGUCGAGGGCAAAGAGGACGGUGAUGUCUUUUACACCCAGAGCAAGGGAUAUAAACUGAACGGGCGUGUUGUGAGAGCGGCCAAGGUCGGAGUCGUGAAAAACUCAUAG